CUCUGUGGUUACGGGUAUAACUGCCUUGAGCCUUGAGGCGUAAAAUGUAAAUAUUAUUUUUAGAUUUCAAAUAAAGCUAAAACAUAAUUGUGUUUAAUCAUUUAAGGAAUAACGCCGUAAUAAAAAUGGUUAACUAUUGUUGUGUGGUUGGAUGCGGACGUAAUAGCAAAAGUAACAGACAUUUAAAUUUCUACAGUUUACCAAAGCAAAAACACCGUCAGAAACAAUGGUUGAAAGCAGCUGGUAAAGAAGAUCUUCUAAAUCAAGAUAUGGAAAAAUUGAGAAGAAAUUUAAGAUUCUGUUCAAGGCAUUUUCCCCCUUCUUCUAUAAAGAAUAAACAUCUAAAUAUUGAUGCAGUUCCAUCAGUAAGACUACCUGGAUCAGUACCAGAACAAGAUAUCCUCCCUACUGUACACGAAGGUAUUAUGUGCAAUGUAUGUUCAGAACAAAUUAUUGGUUUCCGAUAUAAAUGUGUUAUGUGCAACAACUAUGAUCUUUGUCAAAAGUGUGAGAUGCUUGAGCUACAUGAGGACCACUAUAUGUUGAGAAUACCAAAGUCUAUUAAGUUUAAAAUAGCAGACACGUUUAUAAAUAAAUGGAGAGAACUAAUUGAAUCUGAAAAUAAGACUAGUGCUUUAAAAGUUGAAGAUUCUAGUGAUGAUGAACCAAUUACUAAAUAUAGAAAAACAUCAGGUAUAGUCAACCUUCCAGAAAAUGUUAAAUGUGAAAUAAGAAAUGAAAUACAAAGAGCAAUCAAGUCAUUAAGGAAUACGGAGAAAGAGGCUCGGACAACUGAAAGUUCAGUUGACGUAAUUAAUGUAACAAACAACAUAAGUUUAAAGCCAGCGGUGGAAUCUGAAUAUGAAAACAAUGUAAUUGAAAAUGGAUCAGAAAUACCAACACAAAUUGUGUUUGCAGAUGUAAAUAAUAUGAAAUGUGAAGAUGAUAAAAGUGAAGCUAUGGCCGCCUUAUCUGUUGUUAAUACAAGCACAGAGUCAGGACAAAUUCAGCCAGUUAUAUAUUUGAAGCUAAAUGAUGUUCUCACUCAACUUAUGAUUACACCAAGUGAUCAGACUGCACAGAUUAAUGACAGCAAUAUAUUUUAAGGAAAUUAACAUUAUAAAUUACAUGUUAUAUAUAUUCUCUUAUUAAUUUAUUUAGGUUAAUUAAUUAGAAACAAUUUUACCUGGGUCUAUUUUGAAAUUCAGUUAAUCGCUAAAUUUAAUGGUCCUUUUUCAUAAGCAGCCUGUUUUAUUGGAUUAUGAAUAAUUUUCCUUAAUAAAACUGGAUUACAAUUACUUUAUAGGCUCUUUUACAAUAUCUCAUUGCUUAAUUACAUUAUCUCAUUGCUGCAUUUAAGGAGCUCGCGUGUUGAAUAAGGAAUGUCACACACAUAUAUAGAAAUACAUGGACUGAAUGCUAUUGAUAAUGAUUGAUUUUAUGAACUGCUAAAAUGAAAGUUUAAAUACUAUAAUAGGUAUAUUUAAAUAUAAUAUUUUAUACUUUUAUAUAUACCUAAUAUUUUACACAGCCUGGAUAUAAGUUAAGUUAAAAAAGUAUUGUAGUAUAAGUGUUUUUUAUUAUAAAAUAUAAAAAUAUGAAAUAUUGAAUUA